CUAAAAUCAGCUUAACUACAAUACAUGUUCUAUAUUGUUGUGCAUUUACAUAAAUACUAAGGUACACAAAUCUCCAGGAUGGCUGGAACGUGUUAAUUCUUCAAAUUUUAAACGACUGAUCGUAAAGUCGUUACGAUCUUGUCAAUAGGAUAAUGCUUUUGAAAAAUUUUAAGGAACAUAUCUUCCAGUUCAAAAUGUCGAGAUUCCGAGCGAGGAGGCAAAACAAUGGUUACUUCCAAGUACCGAGUGAUGACAGCGGCUUCUCCGAUGCUCAGUUUGAAAUUCCUCCACCGAAGGUCCCAUGGAAAGCCAUAACCUUGGCCACUUUCCUGUUCGUUGUUGGUUCUAUACUUUUAUUAGUAGGUAGUCUUAUAGUUACGGGACAUAUUGAUACCAAGUAUUCAGACCGACUGUGGCCUAUGAUAGUGUUAGGAGGCAUUAUGUUCUUACCAGGUAUUUAUCAUAUAAGGAUAGCUUAUUAUGCCUAUAAGGAGUAUCCAGGUUAUAGCUUCUCUGAUAUACCAGAGUUUGAAUGAGUAUUUCUGGAUAAGCUAGCCAAGCUGCCAUUAGUUGUAAUACUUGUAUAAAUGAUGUUUUAUGGAGUGUUUCUUGAAAGUUAAAGUGAACUAAGAUACAUGUAAAUAUGUAAACUGACAUAGUUUUAUGGAAAAGGAUCUAGAAAAGUCAUUUGUAUGAGAAUUUUCAGAGGAUGGAAUCUUUUUCCUAAACUUUGUUCUACAGUUUCAUCACUGCAAAAUGCUUUAUAUUAAUAAUGAAUAUAGAUAUUGUCUCAAUUUUCUUGAGUGAGAUUUAGGCCUGAUUUAGACGGCGCGCGAACUCGCAUGCGAUUUUAGUCGAUUUUAGUUACAUUGCGGACUGUUGAGGUUACAUUCAACCUUGCACAGCCCAUCAAUACCGCAAUAUAAUAAAACUCGCAUGCGAGUUCUCGUACCGUGUAAAUGGGCCCUUAAGUGUGGGAAAAGGUUGUAAAUGAAUUUCCUUCAUUCCUUGGACCAGGCUUUUAUUGUGCAAAGGUAUAUUUAAGUAUUAUUUAGUUAAGUAGCAUUGUACCAAUUGUUAUAACAUAUUAUUGCUUAUUUCUCACGUAUGGGUAAAUGGAAAAUAUAACUAAGUACAUAUUUGAAAACCAGGGUACAUAGCAACCUGUCGUACAUUUCUGUCAGUCUAUCGUCAAUGAUUGUCAUUCGGCUAUGCCGGGUGGACUUCAUGACCUGAGCAUGAUUAAAUAUGUAUUGCAAGAUGUCAAGUUUGGUACCUGUCCACCAUUGUAUUUGAAAUUCAAUUCUUCACAAAACUAUACUCUGUCAAACAAGUCUGUCAGUAAAUAAGAAUAAAGAAAACUAUAUGCAUCCU